UUUUAUACUUAUGGGAAACAAUAUCUGCUGAUAUGCUAAAAGAACAAUCGAGGGAGUUAAUAUAGGAGAGUUUAAAACCUCUACUAGAGGGGAACAAAUUAUCCCAGAAAAAGAGAAUAAAUCGGGAUCUCCAAAGCAUAGAAGAUCAACUAACGGUUCAACUAUUCAAGGAAAUCAAGUUAAAAAUGGUGAUGCUCAAAAAGGAGAGUCUUCAAAUCUGCUUGAUUCUAUACUAACGUCAAAAGAAAAGAGGGAGUUGACAGCUAAUAACCUAUGGCAAAAAUUCUAUGAUCUUGAUCUCAAAUCAGCCAAACACAGAAAAGGGUGGACUCUCUUAAAAACUGGAGAAAAAGACAUUGAUAUUUUCAUCAACGAGGCAAAUCCUUACUCAGAGAAAGCCCCUAUUUAUAAAAUAGAUUGGAUCCCUAGAUCAAGCUUCACUCUUGAGGAGUAUCUCAACGCAAUGCAGAAAGAUAGAGCACUAUGGGAUGCCAAAAUUGAUGAAAACUGCAUUAUAAAGCUUAAAAAUAGUGAGGGAUGGAGCUUAAUUCAUACUAAAUUGAAGGACAUCAACCAAGAAUUAAAAGGUUUGAAGGAAAAGUACCCAGGACUUAAAGUACCAGAGUUCAAGAUCAAGCCAAAGCAAUUCUUUGACAAAAGAUUAGAGUUUGAACAUAAUGAAGGCGAAAAUAAUAACUUUUAUCUAUACACAAGCCAUCUUUCUGAUGAAGGAAUCGAGGAAUUUAAGAAAAUUAAAAAUGAGGAAGACAGCUUAGCUAGCAAACUGCCCCAGUAUAAUGAAAGCAGACCAGGCUUGAGAAAAUCUAGCUGUGAAGGGGCCAAAGAUGAUGAAGAGGGUAAAUAUGAAACCGGAAGGACUAUCCUCAAUCUACAAAGAAUCUGCUAUGACAAUGUCACCAAAGAGGUUAAAGAAGUGAUUAUUUUCAAUCAAAUUGAUGCAAAUCUGACUGAAGAGCAACACAAAAUGGCGACGAAAGGACUCCCUCAGAGCUUAGUCAACUGGGUAGAGUCGCUUGAAGCCCAUCUUCAGAAGAGCAAAAAGUAGAGAACUAAUUUUAGAUUCAAUCUGAUAAA